GUCGGCGCACCACCACAAAAGGGAGCAUAUCCGCGCCGGCACCAGGCAGCCCUUUGCAAAUCACACACGCCGUUUGUCAUUUUAGCGCCCACAAGCGCUGUCGAAAUUUUAUUAGUGAUAGUGCGGAAUGAGCCCGGCUGCUAUUAUUUUCUCUUCCAUGACAAUUCUCGCCGUGUUCGGUUCUGCACUAGGCGAAGCGAACGGCGAUUAUCUUUCGCAAGAUAAAAGGAACAACGAGAGGCCGAAAAUGCUGUCCAUGUUCCCAAGAAUCGGCCGGACUAAGGAGGAGGAGAUGCAGAAAAACUGGCGUGGAAUGAUGAAACUCUUCCCCAGGGUUGGACGUGCCGAAACCAACGACGACUACGAGGACCGCGCAUGGUGUCAAGAUUGCAUUUCUGCAGAUUACAAUUUUGAUGGUGUGCCAGGGAAGAGGCCGAACAUGGCGGCCUUUCCUCGUAUUGGCCGUCGGCAGUUGGCCGCCUUUCCAAGAGUUGGAAAACGACAGCAACAACGACUUUUGGCUACUUUUCCCAGGAUUGGUCGCAGCGCAAACAAGCCUAGAGGACAGGACGAACUCUACGGGGAUUAUGCUAACAACAAAGCUGGUUGGGAAGGACUCCCAAGCAUGACCGGGAAUGAAGCAAUGGAAAUGAAAAAUGCAUAUAUCACUGAAGAGGUUUGAUUUUUACGAGGCAAAGCGGCUAAAACGACGUCAACAUUUUGCACAUCUGAUCUAUGAGUUUUGUCUUUGAAUCUUCUACUUUGAGGCUGGAUUUUCAAAUAACUUUGGCGAGUUUAUAUGGUUUGGUUUUCUUGGAGACUGCAUGUAGAUAUAGUAACUUUUGUUGGUUCUGUAUUGUUAAUAAAAGUAUAUUCACAAUAAAUGCUGUGAACUGUUUGCGAAAUAUUAGA